GGAGAAAUAGGAAAACAAAGAAACCUGAAACCCUAUUGUAAAGUAUAUAUAAGGCAAGAGAAGGUACUUCUUUUCUAAUCGUCGAUCAGUUUCUCGUCUCUCUAUAUACAAGUUUCUUGUUCCUCACGUCGUCGCUCUCAGAAACUUUCCAGUCUUUCGAUUCAAUCACGAUGAGUAGUAUUAUGUAUCACGAUAAUCAUCUCACGGAUUCGGGGAAGAAUAUGUCGUCGGGUUUAAGUUUACUGGCGUAUGUGACGGUUAUGGUUGCGGAGGAAGAAGAACAACGUAGUCGUCUUCUUGCAGAGAAACGAGAAGAAUCCAAGUGCAAGAUGAGUUUCUUCUAUCUUUUCCCGAGGAAAAUCAAAUCGUCUUUGGCGAAGAGAAGAUACACACAACAAAACCCUAAUGGGGCUUCUACUUGUUCGUCAUCGCUUCCCGAUCUUAACCUAAUCCCUACUGAUUUUGAGACAGACAACCUACAAAACCCUUGUUUUGAUGAACCUAUGGUGUGUGAUGAAGAACAACGUUUAAAGAAAGGUAAAUCCAAGAUUGUCUACGAUGAAGAUUAUGAUGACGAGAGUGAAAAGAAACUCUUUGAUAAUCUUAAUGGAGCUUCUACUUCUUCUUCAUCGCUCCUGAACCUUCCUUGUCUUGAACCUUCGACAGAGACAAAAGACGUACCAAACCCUAAUUACCAAUCUUCGUCUCCGUCUUCAUGCCUAACAGGGAAGACAAACCGCAAGAGGCGUGCCGUGGAGCAGAGGAAGAGUGGUAAAGUCAAGAAAGUUAAGGUUUCUCCUUUGCCAAGGUUGUGUACAGAGAUGCCUGAGUGGAUUUUCCAAGUGAUGAGAUACAUGAACGCUGAUGCUGAAACCCCGAGGCUGAUAUUUGAGAGGACUCUGUUUAAGAGUGAUGUCAACUCAAACCUUAGUCGUCUCUUAAUGCCUUUCCAGAAGCUAAUCAGAAACGAUUUCCUGACUCCUGCGGAGUGUAGAGCUAUGCAGAAAGACGAAGACAAUGAUGAAGAAGACGACGAGAAUAUUGGUGUGGGAACGGUUCUUGUGAACCAAAGAUUUCAAAAGUGGGGUUUGCGUUUCAAGAUAUGGGCGAUGGAGAAGGACUCUGGACAUGGAACAUUGAAUUACACUUUGAAUUGGGGUUGGAAUGAUGUCGUCAAAAGUAGCAGCUUAAAAGUCGGCGACAAGAUCAGCCUUUGGACUUUCAGGUGCCGUGGAGUCCUCUGCUUUGCACUUGACACAGAGUAGCUCUUCACUUGUUCACUAGCUUAUUCAGUGAUUUUGAGUUUCAGUAACUUAUUGGAAGUGUUAAUUAACAAGAUUAGGAUUUUGGUGUGGUUCUCUCCUUUAUUAGUAGUAACUUGUCUGUCUCCUAUGUUAUCUGAGAUCUUUUACCAUUGUUUGAAAUGAAAUAUUUUGUUAUAAAUAUGGUUUCUUGUUUUCU